AACUUUUCUGAGCCGAAUCGCGUCUUGCGCCCUCCAGAGUCAAUUGCUUGGAUUGCCAAAGUGCGAAUGACCCUAUAGCGGUUGCCGGCGAGGGAAAUUUGCUGGGAGAUCCUAGAUCUGCUGACAGAAGACACUGCGCCCCUAGAUUCCUCGAAAGACGUCUGAAAGAUGGCGGCGCCCCGAUGUCUUCGCAUAGCUAUCGAAGCAUGCCGCCCUCAGAAGACAACGACCGUUCCGUUUAAACCUCGCCUUUCAGCUCCAUCCCUUCCGCAACCGUCGACACGAGCCUUCUGCUCUGGUUCGCUACGAUACGAACGAGACAAUAAAGACAAGUCGCUAGAAACCGGUCCUGUUGAUAUCACUGCAGGCUUCCCAACACCAGAAAUCGGAUCCUACAAGAUCCAGGAAGCCCCCACUGAAGCGAGAGGGUCUGCUAAAGAGAGCGGCACAGAAGAUGACUCGGCGGCACCGAUACCCAAGCCCAAGCAUACCCCAACUUCGAUACAACGGUCCAAAGCGAGGCCGGACGUGGUGUCAGAAGUUCAAGCCCAGGAACUACAGCAGAUGUCGGCAUCGACGCCACAGCCGACCAAAUCCUCUUCGACAGCAGCUAACGUGACCUCUCCGUCGCAAGCACAGGAAAAGGCACGACCGCGGCCGCCCACAAAGUCAACUCCCAAGGCCGCCAGAAGCUCGCCAUCCACGCCUCCACUGGCUUCGUCCGAGACACCCGCCCCUGCACCGGGAGAUGAAAAUACAAGACCGAAUGUACCGCCCAACGUCCUCGCGGCCUACCGCACCCCGCUCUACCACCCUACCACCCACGGUAUCCCCGUGUGUCAACUCCAGCUCCGAUCUUUCAGCACCCGCAACCUCGAGUUCUACGCCGACUUCUGCGUCCGCGCCGCCUACUACCUAUCCCUGCCCUGCAGAGGUCCCACGCCGCUGCCGAAAAAGAUCGAAAGGUGGACGGUUCUCAAAAGCAACUUUGUGAAUAAAAAGGCACAAGAGAACUUUGAGAGGAUCACAAUGAAGAGGUUGAUCACGGUGUAUGACGGACACCCGGAAGUGGUUGAGACGUGGUUGGCGUUUGUGAGAAAAUGGCAGUUUUACGGAGUAGGCAUGAAAGCGAAUCUGUGGGGUUGGGAGGGCGUCGACGUUGCCUCCAAAAUGGACCACGACUUCACCUCUCUCGAGAAGGAUCUCGAUGGAAAAUUGCGCCUGUUCGGAUUCAACAAGACCGCGGGCAAGAAGAACGAUCUGCUUGGGUUACUGGAGAGGCAGGGGAACAGGCGGGAGGGUGUUGGCAUGAGCGAGGUUCGGGAGAAGAGUAGGACGACCGAGGAUCCCUGGUAAGCAGUUCUCCUGAUCAGAUGAGACGAAGUUUCCGCAGUGCAAGAUGCAUUCGCCGUGGGCCGUCGGCGGAUGGAAUGAGGAGAUGGUCAGACCGACAGACCGGAUGGGAUCACCACAGACUAGCAAAAGGAGGUUAGGGAGGUUCAUGAGGCGCGCGAGGAGGCUCCAGAACCAUGACAACGUUCACCAAAAGUUGCGGUGUGAGAUAUUGUGGUAUGUAUAGUCUCGACGGAAGAGACAGUAUCGAAGAUGGCGAUCCACGGACUGACUAUGCUUGGGCUUCUAAUGCCACUCAUGGUCCCAAACCGGCCGGCAUUGCUGAAUGCUCAUACCCCUGGGGGUGGUUGAGUAUACUCUGUGUAUAGAUUGAUGUACAAAUGAAGGCGCAUUCAGUGAUAUACACGACGAAGCAAUGCAAGCUUUGGAACGAGCGAAUCAGGGCCAACGGUAUCGAUUCCCUAGCAGUUCUAGAUCUG